ACUGUACGGGUUUGGGAGUUCUCUGGCCAAAAAUCUUUCUCCUGGUUUCCGUGCACCGAUAAAAUGUGAUACAUUUUUACAAUUCGUGGCCUGAAUUUACAAUAAAAGUGAUUCGUUCUAGCUAACACACGCAUCAUGUGCACCAGAAGAGUGUUGUUUCUGCCUGUCGGGAGCUUUUGGCGAACGAAUCACCUCGUAGCAGUCCGGGGGUUUUCGGAUCGGAUUCACCAGCGGCAGGAUGAAAGAGUGGAUUUUGAGCUGUACACCAUCCCGGCAUCGGAAGCGGCUACGGCGACGACGAGACCGACAACUGCAAACAAACCGCCGACUCAGCGAUCAACCGAAAUUGCCCUGCGUCGUAUCGGGCUACUCGAUCUGGCGAAAAGCAAACUCUACGAGGCACAAUCGUUCUACGAUGAGUUCAGCGGCAUGAACGAGGUGAAGCUGGCCCAAAGCAAAGUGAUCGAGAUACAGGACCAACUGCAGAUGGUACAGGAACGACGCCGGCACGUGCUUCUCGAGCUAACGCUUGUCCGGAAACAGCUGCAGGACAUUCACCUGGAGCUGCAGAAAUCUGUCCGCGGUGAGCAUCGCUACGUGGAGCUGAUUAAGGAGGAAUUUGAGGUCUUAUCACGGGAGAAGGAGAAAAAUCAAAUCUUUCAAAUUAUUGACCAGGAGGAACGUGAACUGUUCUCUCACCUAACGGCCUCGGUGAAGACGUCGCACGAGAAGGAACGGAUGCAAGCGAACAACGUCAAGUAUUGGUCAAUCAUUGCCUCCGGUGUCGGUGCCUUGCUCGGCAUUAUUGCCACCUCCAUUAACUACUACUUCCGGAACACACAGUUCGAGACGAUCCGGAAGGCCGGAGAGGAAAACCAACGAAUGCUGUUGGAGAUGCAACGGCAGAUGAGCAGUUUGGAGACAACGCUAGGAACCGUCCAGCGGCAGCUCGUGGCCAGACGCGUCGCCGAAAAACCUCAGCUGGCCCGGGUGCACGAAUCCUGGGGAAGCUAUUUACGACGACACACAUCUCGGUUCUUCCGGUUUUUCGUGCCGAAAGGAUAACAUUGAGGCUGUAACUAUCGUGGUUUCCGCAUUUAAACAAUCAGCCAAACACAGGGAAAACCAAAUAAUCAAUCAUUGUAUAGAGUGCAUGAAUGUGGUAAAGGAAUUGUUAUCAAUUGGAUUAUUGUUGUAUAAAUAGGUAGCAUAGAAUGAAAUAGAAAUUAAUACAAGAGUUACUCUUCUACGAUGGCGAAAGGUCAGUUUUGGGGAACGAAACACUAUUUGAUGAAACGAAUACUCACGAGUUCCUCAAAGAAAUAAAUGCAUUAAACGGAAUGGUUUCGUAAUCCGCAAU